AUGGCGAAAACAAAACCCAACAACAAGAAAACCAAGAAGCGCGAGAAAUCAGCCCUCCACCGAGUAGUAGGAAGCCCCUCGAAGACCUCCACACCGCCCGAACCCCCCCCGAUCCUCCUCGCACAAGCCACAGCAUCUCUUCAACAGGGCGACAUAGCUGGCGCUAUUAAGCCUGCAAAGCGUGCUCUAUCUCUCCUAGAUCCCCAAUCCGAAGCAGCAUUACCAGCGCUUAAUCUGCUUGGAGAAAUCCAUAUUGAGCUGGGAGAAAUUGACGCAGCAAGACAAUAUUUCCUUCAAGCUGCAGCCAUUGACGAAGAUGGUGCAAUCAGGGAAGAUUUUGGUGGAGGCGCGGAAAAGUUUCUAUGGCUGGCGCAAUUGAGUGAAGAAGGAGGCCAGGACAGUGUGGAUUGGUUUGAGAAGGGUGCCGUGUGCUUGAGGAUGCAGAUUCAGCAAUUACUAGACCAGAAGAAAUUGGGCAAAGAGGGGCAGGCGCUGUUGGAGGAGAAGACGAGAAAGCUGACGGGGGCGUUGUGUGCUGUGGUCGAGGUUUACAUGACGGAUUUGAGUUGGGAGGAGGAUGCGGAGCAGAAGUGUGAGGCACUGGUUACAGAGGCUACGAUGGUUGCGCCUGGAUUUCCGGAGCCUUGGCAGACGUUGGCUAAUGUCAGGAUAUCGCAAGAGAAGAUGGAGGAUGCGCGGGCGGCAUUAAAGAGGAGUCUGGAUUUAUGGAGAGACUUGCCUCCUGAAAGUUCCGUCGUCCCGGAUUUUCCAACAAGAGUCAGCUUGGCAAGGCUUCUUAUGGAGGCUGACAUGGAUGUCGAUGCCAUUGAAGUUUUAGAGCGGUUGGUAGGGGAAGACGAUACUAGUGUGGAAGUCUGGUAUCUAGGUGGCUGGGGCCUAUAUAUCAUGGGUGAGAAGCAAAAGAAUGGAGAAGUCAAAGCUGAGAAUGGAGACGGAGAGAGCUGGAGAGUCUCGUGGAUAUCGAGUCGGCAAUGGCUGAACCAAAGUCUGCUUCUCUUUAAGCAGCAAGGUUACGAGGACGAGAGGUUGGGGGAGCACGCAAAAGAACUUCUUGCAAAGCUGAAUGCUGAGCUUGGAGGCGAAUCGUUAAAUGGAGAUCAAGACGGGGACGGAGAAGAAUGGGAAGACGAGGACAACGAGGCAAGUGACGAAGAUGAGGAUAUGGCCGAGUCAUGA